GGGAAUGUUCAACCCUAGCCUAUCAAUAUGCCUGACAUAAAUAUUAUUUAUGAAAUAUGCAAUGUUAUUGCAAUAUAAGUUCAAUAUGCUUUGGAAGUUAUUUUUAUUUUGUUUUCUCAAUAUAAAUUUUUAUAUCGAUGUGAUACUGCAAAAGUAAUGAGCACAUGUAAUUAUACUAGGCACGAACUAUCCAAAUGAUAAUAACUGGCAACGAGCUUAUCGCAUUCUUGUUAAGAAAACAUCAACCCAAAGCUGAUGUGUCACGCUUUUCCCAGGCGGCAGAGUAUAACUCUAAAGAUGUUAACGACCACAGGAAAUUUUGCGUAAAAGUACCAUAUCCUUUUCUAACCCGAAAAUAGAUAUUUAAUCAUUUAGCACGUGCCCUGUAGUGACAUUCUUCUUCGCAUUAUCAAAUCUUACCACUACAUUACUCUAGUUCCGAUAGAGAUAUAUCAGGUUCAAGGUUCAAAUGGAUCAUUCGAAACAGAAAUGUUAAGAAAUGGUGGGGUAAAGUUUAUGUUUAAGAGAGAAAUUCCCUGCAUCAAUUUAAAACAUUUUGUAAACAAGUUAGUGUGUCUUAUGCGUAUUUUUUCCGCAAUGUAUCGGAUUAUGUUAACGUUGGUGUACAUAUUCGUUCUCAGCGGCUCCGUUAGAUAUGUUGCUGGAGGCAUUUUUCCAUCUUCUUUUUACUUCAGAUCGGUAACGCAAUCGGAAAUACCUCAAGAAAACAGUGUCGAUUCGGAAAUUGACGAUCCGGAUACGGUCGGUACGAUCAGUGAAGCGGACUUUACCGCCCUCCGGAUUGAGUAUAUUAAAAAUCAAAUACUGAAAAAGUUACGACUCAAGGAAAAACCGCAGAUCACCAUUGCAGAUCUUCCCAAGCCCAUCAAGGAAAACGAAAACCUUUUACCCAACCAGGAUACGAAUUUCUUCAGCCGAUACGACGAUGAUUUUUAUGGAAAAACCACCCAAGCCGUUGUUCUUCCCUACGAAGAUGAAGCACGCUGCCUUAGAAAAGUGAAUUAUCCAUCAGCAUGUCUACCGUUCCAAAUGCCUAAUGAUAUUCAUAGUUCGGAUGUUAGUACCGCUGAACUGUGGUUCCAUAAGAAAGCUGAUAUCAUGGAUGCUCAUAAUCAGACUUUCAUAAUAUACGAAGUCGCUCAUUGGGACACCAAUAAGAGUUUCCAGAAAACAAACCCGAUUGCCAUUAGAGACACAAACAUUAAAGAAGGCUGGUUGAAAGUGGACGUAACAUACGUGGUGAAAAACUGGCUAGAUUUCCAGGACUCUCCAAUUCACGCUAUCAACGUUCUAUGCAAAACUUGCGGCCUGGAUAAAUCCCAAUCUCCAGUUUCAUUCUCUGGGGAUUUGAAGCCCUUCCUAAUCAUCUACACUCAUUCGCAGCAAAGACGAUCUCUGAUGCAUCGGCGUCCAAAACGAUCAUCAGAAUGCAAAGAUUCGCCUAAUGAAUGCUGCAGGGAAAGCCUGUACGUUUCUUUUGCGGAAAUCGGGUGGAAUGAUUGGAUAAUCAAACCCGAAGGUUACAAUGCCUUCUUUUGCAGAGGAUCCUGCACUACACCAACGGCCAUAAUGAAUAGUGCUACCCAUCAUAAUAGUAUAUUACAGAAAGUUAUGGGGAAAAACAAUCAAAGAGGCUCGCGACCGGAGCUGACACCAUGCUGUGCGGCUACGCAGUUUCAACAAUUGCACUUAAUAUACAUGGAUGGCAAUAAAACAUUAACCACGAAGUCACUGUCGAAUAUGAUUGUCGAAACUUGCGCUUGCAUGUAACUGAAAGAAUCGAUUUUUCAAAAUGUUUGAUAUGGGACGACCAAUCUUACGGGAAUUGUAUUAUUUCACUUGUUGGCUCUUGGUGGAACCCCGAAGUGGUUAUCCAUAUUUUGAAAAGUCGUCGUCAUAUAGUCACAUUGUCGUAAGCAGUAUUUUUAAUUCUAUGUUAAGACCAUAGCAAUGCUUGUGUGUAUGCCACUAAUGCUAAGUUCAAGCUAUUUGAGUUGAGAAGCUUUCACCAGUAUAGCAAUAAUUUUUAUUAAUAAAAGACUGCCGUUGGCUGGUCCAAUUGGUUGUUAAUGUUUCAGUGAAAACAUUUAAAAUGUUUUAAAAGCGGACAUGUUGUGCGGUGUCCCACCGUUAAUAACUCCUGUAGCGCUGGCGCUACUAAAUGAGUCCUUACUGUCUUGAUAGAGAUUUAUAUUGUAAUGGAAAAAUAUAUGUUCCUUGCAGUUAGUGAGUCUUGAUCUGUAGCAAACUUUACGUUUUUGUAAAGUCGACUUCAGAAUUAUGUUAAUCUAGAAUUAGAUUAUUGCGUACUCGAUAGUCCUGCGGACAAUUUUCGGAAAAUUGUCCAUGUCAGCACUUAAUUUAUUUAAAACAAUUUCCCUUAUGCACAGGGAGUGUGUAAACACUUUUAGACCCUAUUAUUUAUUAUAUUUAUUUGCAACUUUUUAUAUUUUUAUAUUAAUACUUGAUGACUUGAGAUCUAAACAGAGCUAAAAGUUUUUACAUAUUGAUUUUACUUAUUGUGUUCUAAAGCUAAUAAACAUUUGUGAUAUUUAGCAUUAAGACUUGAAUAUUUAUCUAAUAUAGUUGAAUUUGUAAAUUAUUGCUUUUUUAUUAAAGUUUUUUUUAGAAUCAA